GGUAAUUUUCGUGGUUGCUGUUGAAUGGUUGACUGGCCUGUGUUGUCAUUUAAUGAGAUAACAUCACACUUGCCACCAUUUAGUGGUGUUUGGAUUGUUACUUUGAUGUGUUUCCCAUGCUGAAACACAUACAAAGAUGCAGACAACAUGGUCAAACUUUAAGGGUCAAGUGAACUGAAGUAAUUUUGAGCCUUCACAUACCAAGGCAUUUGUAGUACAUUUGGACAGUUCUCAGGGGGUCACGUCUUCCUACAAUCAUUCAGCUAUUAUGGCGGCAGAACACAGCAGGGAUAAAGAUGCUCGUGAGAAAGAAGAUGAUGAACUGAGCAUUCCCCGAGCAGCACUCAAUAAGAUGAUCAAGGAAUUAGUUCCCAAUGUUCGUGUGUCAAAUGAUGCAAGAGAACUUGUUCUCAGCUGCUGCACAGAGUUUAUACACUUAGUCUCAUCUGAGGCAAAUGACAUUUGUAAUAAGCAGCAGAAAAAGACUAUUUCUCCAGAGCACGUGUUAGGGGCACUGGAAAGUUUAGGUUUUGGGGCAUACAAAGAAGAGGCAUAUGCAGUAUUACAGGAAGCAAAAGCUGUUGCAGCCAAAAAACGAAGACAGAGCACAAGAUUAGAAAAUUUAGGGAUUCCUGAAGAAGAAUUGCUUAGGCAGCAGCAAGAAUUAUUUGCCAAGGCACGUCAAGAACAGGCUCUCUUGGAGCAGCAGGAAUGGUUGGCCAUGCAACAGGCAGCACAAGCAGCAGCACAACAACAACAGCAGCAGCAACAGCCACAACAAUCUGUACCACAAUUAAAUGACAGUAAUAAUGACGAGGAUGAUUACAGUUAGUUUAAUUCACCCAUAACAACCAGUGUUCUUAAAUGAACAACGGAUUUUGGUCAGGAUUAUCACUGUGCAUUUAUGCAUAUUCUUAAUAUUUUUAGUGACCAAUUCCUUUUGUUUGGAGGAGGGAUUCCAUUUUAAUAGACAGUUGGUUUACACACAUUGAGACCAUCCUAUGUUUGAAGCAACUCUUGUUUAUGAGACACGUGAUUAUAAGCCCAUUGUAGGACCAAAUUGAAUUUAGUCCUUUAUCCUUCCUGUGUUAUUAAAAAAAUAGUUGUUAGCUGACUGUACUGCAGGCUGCAGCUAGUUCAGCAAAGGUGUAUGUGCUAUUUUAUAUUGUAGAAAGCGUUAUUAAUUAGGCCACCCAGAAGUAAUGUAUAUAGAAACAUAUCUUCCCUAUUUAAGGGAGGCCUGUAAGGGACCAUCUUUAUUUGAGAGUUCAUAUGGUUUCUGCAAAUUUUUAGACAAUGCACACCACCGCCAACUGCGGUUUUAAGAGGAAAACCAAGACUAAUCUAGAAAUCCCUUCUUUUUUGACAUCUUUAAAUAGUUUGACUUUCAAGGCAUAGUCACAAGACUUGUACUUUGAGGCACACAGGAGAUUGUGCAUGGUUUAUUUAAUUAGAUAUAAUUUUAUUAACACUUUCUUAGAAAUCUUAUUGCUGUCACUGCCCUAUGGAUGUUACUUUCUUGCAUUCAACAGGAAUUAUAAGCAAGAAGUGAAUGGAUUUUCACAGAGAAGACUCCAGUCUGUGAAGAAGUAUGCGUUGAUAUAUAGUAUCAGCCUGGUUUCAUAGGGAGAAGGUUGACUGUUUUGAACAGACUUGUCAUUGGUUGUAUUAUAUUUUGAAGCUUUUAUCAAGGCAGAGCUGGUGUUUUGUACUGUAACAGUCAUCACAUAAAAUUUCUCUAACACUUG